AUGGAUCUGCCAGAAGCAGAGGCACACCCCUCAUCUAAGGUUGGCCCCGGAGCUCAGGGUGUGUAUAUUUACCGGCCUUCCGACACAUCCAAAGUCCACGGAGAACGACCGUCGAAGCGACGUAAGGUAUUCCCCCAACAGAAGGAAUCUGAUGGCGUCGCGUCUCUCUUCGCCCCCCUCUUGAAUGGGGAUGAGAGCCCGACCGCGGUCGACUGGCGAUACCGCGCUUACCAACAACUGUGGUCGGCCCAAGAGGUCAAAAUCCAGAAAGUGCUAGAUGAGGUCGACUCGGAGGUCUUCGAGAAGGUUUCUCACUUCGUCAAGUCGACAUCGUCGCAGACCUAUGGCAGAUUCAUCCCUUCAGCAUUGCUGACCGUCGGAUCCAACUUCUCCUCCCUUGGUAGACUUUUGACUCGACUCAAUGUCCAAUUGACCACGGCGACGGACGGUGGAGUGGUGGUUCUGGAAUCCGGAGACGCUCCCAACCUCAAGACGACGCUAAAAAAUAUCAUUCGAGGUGCCAUUACGAAUACAGAAGGCAACGAAGGCUAUCAGACGUUCCUAACGGACCGAGAUGGUCCGCGGGCACUUGCUUACGACCUCGAACUACUUGGGGACUAUGUGAAAAGGAAGAAGGUUAAGAAGUUGGUGUUGGCCUUUCGGGAUAGCGAAGCCUUUGAUCCAAACAUUCUCACGGACCUUUUAUCUCUGCUAAGCUCCUGGCUCGACCGCAUCCCUUUCACUCUAUUAUUCGGCAUCUCAACCUCCGUGGAACUUUUUGAGGGGAGGCUUCCACGGUCCAGUGUUGCAUUGCUUCGGGGAAGAUAUUUUGAAAUCCACGAGGCAAGCAACUGUGUUGACCUCAUUUACGAGCGAUUGCAGACAGAGGAGGACGGGCGAUUCUGGAUAGGGUGCCAGAUCACCAAUAUCUUGUUGGAAAGGUCGAAUGACUUCUUUCAAACACCCGAGGCCUUCAGUCGAACGGUCAAGUACGCCUAUAUGUCGCAUUUCUUUGCAAACCCACUGGCCGUACUCCUUGCGGAUGAUCAAGAUUUGUCCAAGUUGCCACCGGGCAAGCUUUGUGAGGCAAUCAGGAAUAUACCGUCAUUUCGAAGAUAUUGUGAAGAUUUAAUUGACGAAGGGGAUUCUCAGCAGGUGCGCAACAUGCUCGAAGAUGAUCAGUUUCUCCUUCGGCAGAGUCUGUGGCACAUUGGAGCUGGGCAGCAGAAGAUGCGGGACAUGUUCCAGGCCGUCAAAGUAAUCCACUUAUGUCUAAAGGAGCUCAAUGUCGCCAAAAGAACCGGUGUAUCAGAUCUAUCGAUCCUCGCGCUUUCCGGGGAAUUGCUUGGUUCGCAUUGGGUGGGAGACAUCCUGAUGAUGCUGAAAACCCUUGACUCCGUGAGACUGAAUGCGCUUUUUGCCGCUCUUCCAGGAAGCCUGACGGAUCUUUCGGAUUUUGCAAAAGUCCAGCAAGAUCUGGAGACCCUGUUGGAGCAAGAUCGAAGUACCGAACCUCUUCGGAGUGAGUAUGACAGCCACAAUUCCGUCGUGGCGACUACCGUUGUCAAACAGCGAGUGAAGCUCAGCAAGGGCAAAAUCAAACUGUCCGAGCAGGAAAUUGAGUAUACGAAGCUUGUCAACCGUUUCCAUGCUUUCAUGCAGGCGUUCUUGACGGAACGUUUACCCCGCCCACAGGACCUGGUUCUCCACGAAGCCUUCCUCCUCGAUAUGAAAAAUCCGUUGAAGGAGGUUUUUACCCCCCGGCCUCGUUUUGCCAUUGAGCGAGCCUUAUCCAAUCCGUUUGAUUACCUGAUCUCGAUGUCGGAGACUCCAGCAGAACCUAAAAUCACUGCAAGGCAUCCCGCCACGGCAAUCCUGUAUCAGCUAUACCUGGAGUCCGGCGGCCUCGUGAAUGUCCACGACCUGUGGUAUGCAUUCUACGCGGUGUUUGAGAGCGAGCAAGGGGAUCGUUGCGAUGAACGGAUGACCAUGACUCUGUUCUAUAGGGCUCUAUCCGAAUUGAAGUCGUUGGGCAUGGUCAAGAGCAGUCGCAGAAAGGCCGAUCACGCUGCAAAGACAUCAUGGAUGGGCCUGUGA